AUGUACCAAAAGUUCAUUCAUCUGCUAAAGAUAAUUGCACCAAAAAUGUCAGAUCUCAUCCGCCCGCCAACUCCUCAAGCCCUCGUCCAUCGCCUCCCGUCACGGCCCGUCUCACUAGAAACCUCCAAGCCAGCCAGGUACAUUCUCGUUGUCGCCGCACCACUAUCCACGCCCGGAAAGCUAUCCAUUGCCAAUGAGUUAUCCAAAAUCUUCGCAUGCCCAGAGUACAUCGGCGACAGCAUCCACAGUUCGUCUGCCAAGGCUGCCUCUGUGGGCGCUCAACCAAACAAGGAGCGGUACCAGCGAAUGUGGCUGUCCAAGAUGACAAGAACGGGGCUUUUGUUCCCUGACGAGUCUAAACCAGCAGCGGCGGAAUUCGCUGGGUUUGGUGGUUCGGCAUCGACUAGUCGACGGGGUUCUGUGAGUUCUGUUGCGUCAAAUGCGUCAUCGCGGCCAGAGUCUGUCGCUAGCCGUAUAUUUGAGCCAGCAGUCGCUACAGCUACGAACGAGAAUAGGGGAAUAAAUGCGCAUUUCACGAUAUCAGAAGAGGAACGGCGCAGGAGGGAGAACCCUGUGCUUCUUGUGCUGACCCAGCCAGACCUAGAGGCAUGGCAUAGGACAGCCAUUCAAGGCGCUGUUGGGGAGUAUGGGAUUGGUGUGAUUUUCAUCCAGCUUUAUGAGGAAGAAGAAUCUGUACAUGAAGAAUUGCCUAUUCUUCAGCCACUAAAUCCAGAGCUCAUGAGCCGAUUUCCAGGAUUGGCUGGUUUGCAGACACGGCCUCGUGGCUGGGGGACACUGCAUGAGGAGAUGAAGAUCACGGUUGAUACAAGAGAAUCAGUGGAGCACCAGGUUUGCCAAAUUGCAGACGACGUGCGUUAUAUUAUCGGCUUGGAAGACUAG